CGAAAAUGUUAGUUGUACUUGUACCAGUACUAGUAGUCUAUGAACAGCGACGGAAUGGGAAUAUAUCUCAGCACACCCAAAACUGAGAAGUUUUCUGAAGAUGGUGAAAAUGGCCAUCUUAGAUAUGGUUUGUCAUCCAUGCAAGGGUGGCGUGCAACAAUGGAAGAUGCACAUGCUGCAUAUACUGAUCUGGAUAAGUCCACUUCGUUUUUUGGUGUUUUUGAUGGUCAUGGAGGUAAGGUGGUUGCAAAGUUUUGUGCUAAGUUUCUUCACCAACAGGUCCUCAAAAAUGAAGCAUACGCAGCUGGAGAUAUAGGAACCGCUCUUCAGAAAGCAUUUUUAAGAAUGGAUGAAAUGAUGCGUGGUCAAAGGGGAUGGAGGGAAUUAUCAAUCUUGGGGGAUAAGAUAAACAAGUUUACUGGGAUGAUUGAAGGGUUGAUUUGGUCUCCACGAAGCAGUGAUGGUAAUGACCAAGUUGAUGAUUGGGCUUUUGAGGAGGGGCCUCAUUCUGAUUUUUCCGGACCAACUUCAGGAAGCACUGCCUGUGUUGCAGUUAUUAGAAACAACCAACUUGUUGUUGCUAAUGCUGGUGAUUCACGUUGUGUAAUAUCUCGGAAGGGUCAGGCAUACAAUUUGUCUAGAGACCACAAACCUGAUCUUGAGAUUGAGAAGGAAAGAAUCUUAAAAGCUGGUGGUUUUAUUCAUGCAGGACGAGUUAAUGGCAGUCUAAAUCUUGCAAGAGCUAUUGGUGACAUGGAAUUCAAACAGAAUAAAUUUCUUCCUGCUGAAAAACAAAUUGUAACUGCCAAUCCAGAUAUAAACACUGUUGAGCUUUGUGAUGAAGAUGAAUUUAUUGUGAUAGCUUGUGAUGGCAUAUGGGAUUGCAUGUCAAGCCAACAAGUGGUAGACUUUGUUCAUGAACAAUUGCGCUUAGAAACGAAGCUCUCUGCAGUUUGUGAAAGAGUACUUGACCGUUGUUUGGCACCAUCAACUGCUAGUGGUGAGGGAUGUGAUAACAUGACCAUGAUCUUGGUGCAGUUCAAAAAACCUGCUCAGUCCAGUUCACCAGUAGAAGAGCAAUCCUCUUCAAACGGGCAAGCUGAAUCAGAACCAAAACUGGAGAGAAGUGAAAGUUAAUAUGUAUGCCGCAACAACAGUUCAAAUAUGUAUUAUAUAUAUAUGUACACCAGUGCUUAGAAUGCGUCUGAAUGGUCAUUUUCCUUUCAUUUAACAUUGUAUACAACAGCCGGUCUGAUUGCCAUAAAAAUAUCUCAGUUAUUCUCUCUCGUGUCUACUUUUCCCUCCUAAAGUCUGUUCUGCAUGCUCAACACGGGGCUCCAAAUGUCAGAAAUAUAACCUGAAAUGGAUAGGUUAUCUUUAUUUUUAGAAGUCAAUGGUGAUAUAGCUUUCAUG